GUAGAGACGCGACGACGGUGUGCGUACGCGCGACCAGUGACGCCCGGCGUCGAGUUUUAUUUUGCGGGAGAUCGGAAUAAACAAUCGGGAGACGGGACAGCAGCUUUUUUCACAGAAUCCGACGGCUCUUUUUCCUAGACUCUUUUAUAAUUUCCGGUGUCGCGAACAUUUUUUCACCGACUAUUUUUGCGUUGUGUUAAUACGUGGCGGGGGUGUUGUUUGCGAAGGGGGUCGGCGGAGGCGGCUGCGAGCGUCGACUAAGUGCCGAUAGUCAGUAAAGGCGGAAUUUGGACGAAUUUGUUCGACACUGGCGCUUUGAUGGCAUUCAAGAGAAGAGCUUCGCUUGGUCUAAUGGAGGAAGAAUAAUGGCAACCAUGGAAAUGAAAUUCUUCUUCGUGUCUUUCGUAUUGGCAAUUUGGGGCCGGGCGGCUCGAUGCGCAGUCGGUAACUUGUCGGUGUCGAAGUUGUCGUUGGAGUUCGCCAUGACAGAUGACGACGAUACGGAAAUGGAAUUGUCUUCCCAAUUACAAGAAGUCAACGAGAGGUCUAGCGGUUGGUCGCCUUGGUCAGAUUGGUCCCUCUGCUCAAGGUCCUGCGAUGGAGGCACGUCGCAGCAAAUACGAUCUUGUAAGAAUGGUCCUUGCAGAGGUGACCACGUGCGUUACAAAAUUUGCAAUAUGCAGCCUUGUCCUGAUUCAUCCAUUGAGUUCCGAGAAGAGCAGUGCGCGAAAUUCAACCCCGUCCCCUACGAAGAGGCGUUUUAUGAAUGGCGGCCGUUCUACGACGAGGACGAACCCUGCUCGUUGACAUGCAAGGGCAAACCCAGAGGAGCCGACGACGACGACGCUAUUUUGAUCGUCGCCAGGCUGAAGGACAAAGUGCACGACGGCACCAGGUGUAGGCCAGGCAGUCUCGACAUGUGCAUCGAUGGAAAAUGUCAGAGAGUGGGAUGCGAUUUAAGAAUAGGAUCCUUGAAACAAGUUGACGGAUGUGGGGUUUGUGGGGGCGAUGGUUCGUCUUGCUCCAGACCUUUGUACCAUUGGACUUUGACCUACGCGUCGUUAUGUUCUGCAACAUGCGGAGGAGGGUACAAAAUGUCACGUCCUGUAUGCCAGAACCGUGUGACCGGCGACGAAGUAGAAGAAGAACUGUGCAACGACUCCCAAAAACCAGACUCUACGGUUGCCGAAUGUAACACGCAUAGUUGCCCUCCAAAGUGGUAUGCGGGCGAUUGGGGGCCGUGUUCCGUGAGCUGCGGCGGAGGCUCCAAACUUAGACAAGUUCAUUGCGUGGAGGAAACGAACAACACUAAAAUUAGGGUCGACGAUUCGGAAUGUGCCGGUCAAAAACCGUGGCAUCAGGAACCUUGCAACAACGCAGACUGCCCCACGUGGUUCACUACGAAAUGGUCGGGGUGUUCCGUGUCCUGCGGCGAGGGAGUUCAAGUCAGAGGCGUCGAAUGUAGGGACUCCGACGAUCAGCCAAGCUCUCUCUGCGACGCUCGAUCCAAACCGGAGUCCACGCAAGUUUGCUCGACCGGCAUGCAAUGUCCUUUCCAGCUGGACACUAGCGACGAACUGAUGCCCGGUUUGUACCACACCCAGCCGUUGAUGCAACCCUACCCACCACCACCUGUUCCGGAACGUUUGGUGGGCGAACAGCUGGUACCAUCGGAGAGCACCGAUUACAAAGUGUACUUUGCCUGCGGUUGGGUGUACGUGAGAUUUAUUCCAGACGAGUGGGGGCCUUGUAGCGCCACUUGCGGGGAAGGAGUGCGCAAGCGCGAGGUGCACUGCAAAAUAUUUCUCGAAUUUUCGCGAACGAUUGCGAAACUGCCCGACAAGCAAUGUUCGGGGAUCAAGCCGAUCGAAAUCGAAAAGUGUUAUCGGGAACCGUGCAUGAACGAGAAGCAUGCCAUGGAUAUAAAGGACGAUCCGAGGUCGGACAAUAUCAAGGUCGGUUCUGGUAGUCCAGCCAAGUCCUAUUCGUGGAAAGAGCAGGGAUUUACGCACUGCAGCGCGUCUUGCCUUGGAGGAGUGCAGGAACUGAUCGUCAACUGUGUCAGAGACGAUAACCAAAAAGUCACAUCUCCGUUCAUGUGCCCGAUCGAGCUCAAACCGGAAGCGAUCGUCAGGUCUUGCAACGAGCACUCCUGUCCACCAAGAUGGACGUAUACCGAAUUCUCACCAUGUUCGCAAAGUUGCGGUAUGGGAAUCCAGACCAGGGACGUCACAUGUAUUCACGAACUGACUCAAGGCGGGAGUAAUACUAUCGUAGUGCCCAAUAAUAGAUGUCCCCAACCGCCACCGCUCGACAGACAGUUCUGUAACGUGCUCGAUUGUCCUGUAAGAUGGAAAGUGUCGGAAUGGUCCAGGUGCACGGAACCUUGCGGCGGUGGCGAAAAGACGCGUAAAGUCGAGUGCAAACAGAUCAUGGCUCAGAACCACACGGUCGACCGUCCGCCAAACAUGUGCCCCUCGCCGAAACCGCUGGAGAAGAAACCUUGCAACACCAAAGGCUGCGUCGUCGAAACCGACAAACCGGACAUCGACGUCAUGGACAACAGUUACGUUCAAAAAGACCCCAAAAAGAAAAAAAUAUCGAUAAAGGUUGGAGGAUCGGCCACCUUGUUCUACGGUACCACCGUCAAGAUCAAAUGCCCGGUGAAGAAGUACGACCGGGCGAAGAUCUUGUGGAAGAAAGACAACGCGCUCCUUCCGCAGAACAAGAAGUUCAAGAGCUCGAAGAAGGGAGCCCUGCGGGUCCAGAGUUUGAGUUACUCCGAUAGCGGGGUGUACACUUGUGUUGCUGGCAAAUCUGCAGCCAGCAUAAAAAUCUCCGUCACGCCCAAACCGGGCGAAUUCCACUCCUCGGAAGAGAUACAGAGGCUCUACAAGACGGAAAUCGUAUCAGAUGUCGACAUGUCCAAAACCAAAGGCACUCCUGUGUUCGCCGACGACUAUUCCCACGAGCAGCGUCCAGACGGCACAAAAAAGAAGUUCACCAAGUUGUUCACGCCUACCACCGUUCCGAGUCUAAGACUCGAAAAUAUGAACCACCCCAAUCCUGAAGCAAGCACGCCUUCGGAUGUUGAACGACAUCAGGAUAAAGCUCUAAACUUGCCGUCGAGCACUUCGGAAUUUUUGAGCACGACGGACUACGAGAGCACCCGAAGUUCGGCAACUCGUCCGACGCCCAACUUCCUGCCGUUAAUCUCGAAAUUGCAGGAAUAUUGGCCGUUUCAGAGCGGCGGUGGCACCUCCAGGGGACACAGGAUGGUGGUGUUCCCUCCCGAUUACGAAGUCUACCGAGGCGUCGACGAAGACGUCCGAAGUCUCGCGGAACGGGAACCGAAGCUAGUCGAAGACACCAGUAGCGACAACGCCCGUUUGGAUUGGAUCAUCGACGAAUGGUCACGGUGUUCGGAAACCUGUGGUGGGAACGGGUUCCAAGUGCGCGCUAUCCGUUGCACCAUGACGAUCCGCAACAUCACCCAUCACGUUGAGAACGGCCUUUGCGAAGACGCGGGCCUGAAGAUUCCGGACACGAGCAGGAAAUGCGGUUUCGAAGAGUGUCCACGGUGGAUAGCGUCAGAAUGGGGUCCUUGCGGCAGAUCCAAGUGCUUCGCCCGGCAUAAGGCCUUACAGAAGCGGACGAUAAGCUGUCAAACGAGCCUUAAUCAGACCGUAGAUAUGACCAGAUGUGACGCCAGCAGGAAACCGAUCCAAACGCAGGAGUGUUACCAUCAAAAGUGCGUCGGAAAAUGGAAAGUGGGGCCCUGGUCCGACUGUUCUGCAUCAUGCGACGGCAAAGGAGAGAAGUUCCGGAUAAUCCAGUGUGUGUGGUACGGCACGAAAAAACCGGCAGGUACCGCGUGCAUUGACCUCACUAGACCCUCGGUACGCAAGUCCUGCAAGGGUCCCCCAUGUUCCAACUCGACAGUUGAAAUUUGCGAAGACCAUUCGAUGUUCUGCUCAAACGUGAAAGUGUUAAAGAUGUGCAAAAUUGUCAGGUAUAAACAGCAAUGUUGCCAAAGUUGUGCCGAGGACUGAAGAUUGUUUCGGUGAAGUUUUUUUUAACUGGUUGUGCCCCAGAACAGUGUCCAUUAGAAAAAUGAAAAUUAUAGGUUAUGUUUAACGAAUUUCCUACAAAAAAAUCUUCACGAAAUGAUAAAGAGCACUGUUAGCAAUACCACCAAGUAGAUAUUGUAGAAUUUAUUUUCUUUUUAAAUAUACUAGUAUUAGUGCCAGUUUUUCUACUGUUGAAAAUUUACGCUGAGUUUAAUACGUUCAAGGGUGGCGUAUUCAAAAAUUAAACUAAUCGUCUCUAAUUUAUUGAACGUAACACAAAGUAUUGCUAAUCUAAUGAAAGUUAUCGCGGUCUUAAAGAACCAUCCUUAAGCUACCUGUAACUACUGUGUCCAAAGGAUAUCCUUCUGGACAAUUGCAAUAAUUCCAAUGAUAUAAAGUAAAUCACUGAAAAAAUGAAAAGAUGGAAUGGGAUAUCCUUUGCAAGUGAGACUGAACCUUGCUGAAUCCUUCUAACCUCAAUUAUUGUACAUUUGGUUAAGUUCGCAACGGUAGUGUAAUUUUUGCCACGAUGGCCACUAGAACGAAGCUUUAUUUUAAAUUAUCAAAAUAUUUAAUUAAUCAAUUGUUAAAAGGUUAUCUUGUUUUUUGUUUUAAGAUAUACAACUAGGCAAUUAAAACGCGCUUUUCGUAAUGAAACAUUCCUAAAAAUGGCUAGCUAGCAAUAUUUGUUGAUGUAAUUAGUGUUAAAUUUAAGCAUACCUUACGUUUUUGUACAUAACAUUUUUUUAUGUUAAGGUACGGAUAUAAGGGAUUAAGGGAAUCCCAGAUACAAAUACCGUUUGGUGAUGAGCUUGUUACACGGAAUAUAAAAAAAUGUAAAUAAGAACUUAGAAACUUAUUGAAAUAUUCUACGUGCGCGAUACUUGGUGUCUCUGGAAUGUGAAGCAUCCCCUGACAUUGACUUUCGAUCUGCAGCGCCAAAUACUCUGUAUAUUUUGUAUGAUAAUUCGGAUACAGAGUCUUGUUUUUUUUUAUAUUUUGGUUUAUAGAUCGCUGUGACAUAUUUAAAUUAAUAAAUUUUAGUUGGAAUAGAAGCAAAAAAAAAGUAUUUAAAAAAGCUUGAUAAAAAACAUCCGAUAGCCGAUAUAAAUUUAUAAAAUUUUACCUAAAAAUUACAUACGGCAUUUCAAAAGUAAAGGGGGGUGGGCGAUCCCUUCCAGUGACACCUCUUACUUUCAACAGGAAUUAUGUAUCUGUUAAAACCAUUUUAUAACAAUUUUGUUUGAGUGCCUAUAUUUCAAAAUAAAAAAAAUUGUGCCCGGUGUGAGACGAUGUAUGUUUCUCACGUUAAAUUAAAACAAAAUUUAGUAUAGCUAGGUAACUUAACGCAAUUGUAAAACAAUUUAAAAAUAUAUAUAUUACCCAACUUUAUGGCCAAAAUUAAUUGUUUCUGUUGAAAAUUUCAGGGAUGUUAAAUUGAAAAUCAAUCCCGAAAUAAAGUAUUAUUACGUAUUUUAAGCGAAUGUAAAAAAUGAACAUAUAAAAACCUUUAAGUGUACCUAAGAAUGUAAAUUAAUUGCAAAAUCCAUUGUUAGAAUAAUAAUUAAUUGUUUUAAUUAGUUUUGCCGGUAGAGCCGUUAUCCAAUUUAUUACGUACUUAUAAGCAAUUCCUACCUAUGAUUGAUAGAUAUUAAAAUUACGCUAUUUUUUAAAAGAAAGUAUUAUUGAACAUUUAGACCGCAGUAUUAAACACAAGAACGUGUUCGUUGAAUAUUUUUGUCGAAAAUGUUCGCUUUUUCUGAAAAAACCUCAUUUGUAAAAGUUAUUUAUGUUGAAAUAAAAUAUUAUCAAAUUAUUUUGGAAAUUUUUAUUACUUUCACAAAUUAUUACAUAUUGCAAUAUUUCUGUAAAAAAAAUUGGAGGAGAAAAAACUGAUACCUAUCCCGUAGUUUGAUAAAAAAAGAAGAUAUUUCGCGGAGAGAAGAAAAGCGAAUACUUUGACAGUCAGAUCCUUUGCAUAACGUUUAAUUGUUUACAUUUUGGAAAAUGAAUUGCGCAUGAGAGUGACAUUUGCAAUUUUUAGUUCCAAUCUUGAACCAAAUAUAGAUUUGACAGUUUUUAAAAGUCGUAUAUCGUUUCCAACUCUAUAGCUACUACGGUAAAAAUGAUACGCUGCAGGCGACUAUGAUAUUUUCGUAGAGUUGGGAAUGGCAUUGUCGUAAUUUUUGUGGAAAAUUGAUUUUUUCUACUCCGUUCCGUAAAAUACCUAAUUAUACACCGAUCUAGCGUG